GAAAAGAUAUUUCCCGCCUCCCAAUAUCCUGCUGAGGCUUAAUGAGUUUGCUUUCCACAUUAAUUAGGUGCUUGAUCCACUUCAGGAAAGGCGAUAUUAAAAUGGGUUAUCUGAAACAAAUUGACCUGGAAAACUUCAAGUCAUGGCGAGGGAAACACGUUAUUGGUCCCUUUAUGCGUUUUAAUUGUAUAAUUGGCACAAACGGAUCCGGCAAGUCCAAUGUGAUGGACGCCCUGAGUUUCACCCUGGGGGAACGGCCUCCCUCCUUACGAGUGAAGCACCUCAAAGACUUGAUCCACGGAGCCCAAAUCGGCAAGCCCGUGUCCAACACCGCUCGUGUCGCCAUGCGGUACUGUGAUGAUGAAGACCAGGAGACCAUCUUCUGUCGGAGUAUCACUGGGGAUUCCUCAGAGUAUCAAAUCAAUGGCGUACACGUUAGCCUUGCCAAAUACAUGGAGGCGCUCAAGAGGAUUGGCAUUGUGACCAAGGCUCGAAACUGUCUGGUGUUCCAGGGGGCAGUGGAGUGCAUAGCUUUGAAGGACCCAAAGGAGAGGACCAAGAUGUUCGAGCUCAUCAGUCAGUCGAGCGAGUAUGCUGCAGAGUAUGAUAAGAAGAAAGAGGCCCUGCUGAAGGCCAAAGAGGACACACAGUUCCACUUCACCAAGAAGAAAUCGGCCACUGCUGAGAAGAAACAGGUGGCCCAGGAAAACAUAGAGGCUCAGAGGUACAAGGCACUGGUGGAUGAACUUCACCAAAACCACCUUCAGCUGAGCCUGGCUGAGCUAUACCAUAAUGAGAAGGGCAUCAGUGUCCUUAAUGACACUUUAAGGCAGAAACAACAGGAUGCAGCGGCUAUGAAUGAUAAACUGGUGAACUGGGAGCAGAUGGUCAAAACCCAAAAGAAGGAACAUGGCCGUCUCACUAGGCAGCAGCAGCAACUCGAGAAGGAGAUCCGUGCCCAGGAGGCUGUCCUGUCCCAGUGUCAGUCCCAGUACAUCAAAGUCAAGGUGAACACCUCCCAUCACAUGAAAAGAGCCGAGGAGCUCCAUAACACCCUUAAGGAGAGUCAGAAGCUACUGGCCAGUAAAGAGGCGCAGCUGGCAGAGGAUCGGAAUGAGGUGGCUGAGCUGGUGAGGACCUGGAGAAACUACGAGAAGCAGCAGCAGGAAGCCUUCCAUGGGAGAGACAUUGAGCUGGAUGAGGAUCAGCUAGAGAAAUACAAUGAGCUGAAAGAGCAGGCCCGAAAGCAGAGUGCUGUGCUCAACCAGCAGGCUGAGAAACUCAACUGGGAGGUGAAAGCGGACUACGAAAAGUUGGCUUUCGACCAGCACAGAAAGACGGAAGUGGAGGUUAGUAUCAAGAACCACCAGUCCCAGCUGGGACAUCUGACAGGCAGAGCAGAAAAGCUGGAGGAGUACACCAAGAGCUGCAUGACGUCUCUCAAAGAGUACCAUCAGCAGGAGGUGAGUCUGAGUGCAGAGCUAGAGCGGGGCAGCCAACGCAUUAUAGAAGUGAACCAGGAACUAGGUCAAGUGCUGGAAGAGCUGGGGAACGCCCGUCUGGACAGCCAGGAGAGCAGACGCCAGCUGCAGCGCAAAGAGGUGCUAGAGAAGCUGUGCAGACUCUACCCUGAAAGUGUGUAUGGCCGACUCUCUGACUUGUGCAGUCCCAUCCAUAAGAAGUACCAGCUGGCUGUCACCAAGGUCUUUGGCCGCUACAUGAAUGCUAUUGUGGUGACCUCAGAGAAAGUGGCCCGUGACUGUAUAAGUGUCAUUAAGGAGCGGCGAGCUGAACCCGAAACCUUCCUGCCCAUAGACUACUUGGAUGUGAGUCCUCUGAAUGAGCGACUGAGAGAGGUGCCCGGUGCCAAGAUGGUAGUGGAUGUUGUGAAGGUUACUGCUGCCACAGGUGCUGCCCAGCUUAGAAAGGUGGUGCAGUUUGUCUGUGGUAAUGCCUUGGUGUGCGAGACCAUCAAAGAAGCCCGGAGUGUGGCUUUUGACAGGCAGGAACGCCUUAAGACAGUAGCUCUGGAUGGCACACUGUUUGCCAAGUCAGGUGUGAUCUCUGGAGGCUCCAGUGACCUGCGGACCAAAGCUCGCUGCUGGGAGGAGAAGGAGAUGACACUGCUGAAGGAACGCAAGGAGCAGCUGACAGCAGAGCUCCGCGACUUAAUGAGGCUGAAGCGGAAGGAGGAAGACUUGAAACAGAUCGUUGCGCAGUCUCAAGGUGCUCAGACCCGCCUCAAAUGUGCCAAGACGGAGCUGGAAAACCUUCGCAAGAAAAGCAUCCCUAAAUACCAAGCGGAGAUUUCUCGUAUGGAGAGUGAAUUAGCAAACCUGGACCCUCAGAUCCAGAUGCAGCAGGAGAGCAUGGAAGCAAAGAAUGCAGCAAUGAGGUCGAUCAGAGACCAGAUCGACCAGAUGGAGGACUUGGUCUUUUCGGACUUCUGUGCUGAGAUUGGUGUAGCUAGCAUUCGAGAGUAUGAGCAGGUGCACCUGAAACAGCAGACAGAGCUUGACAAGAAACGGCUGGAGUUUGAGAGACAUUGCAACCAGCUGAAAACAAAGCUUGAGUUUGAACAAGGCCAUGUGGAGCAGCAGAGGCAGAAGCUCCUUAUAAUGGAGGAGCUCAUCAACAAAGAGGAGAGAGUGUUGGCUGAGCAGAGGAAGGAUGAGGAGAAGUUGCUAGUGGAGGUGGGGCACUGUCAGAGCAAAUUGCUGGAUAUGAAGAACCAGCUGGUGUCUAAGAAGAGCCAAGUGGUCAACGCCAAGGUUGAUUUAGACCACAAAACCCAGAGCCUCAAAGAGAUCAACAGAGAGUUGGUGACGCUCCAGAAGGAAGUGAAUCAUGAAGAGACAGCUUUGGAGCAGAAACGCAUGGCCAGACACAACUUACUGCUCUCCUGCAAGAUCCAGGAUCUGCCCAUCACUCUGCUUUCUGGGAGUUUGGAUGAAAUCAGUGAGAUGCAGCUGGACACAGAAUCUGAAAGCACCUCAGCCACCAUGCAUAUCUACGAGAGAGAGGCACAACUAGUCAUCGAUUACUCUGGACUGGAGGCGGAGUUCAAGGAUCUGCAGACAGAGAAGGAGGUGAAGGCCUAUCUAGAGAAGCUGAAGGAGUCAAUCUCCACCAGAGAGGGAGUGCUGCAACGCACCACUGCACCCAAUCUGAAGGCGCUGGAGAAGCUGUGUGAGGUGAAGGACAAGUUACAGGGAGUGACAGAAGCCUUUGAUGCCAGCACCAGAACAGCCAGGAAGUGCAGUCAGGAGUUCGAGCAAGUCAAAGCCCAGCGCUUCCGCCUCUUCAGCCAGUGCUUUGAGCAUGUGGCUGUUGUAAUCGACCAGAUCUAUAAAACAAUUUGCAGGAACAGCAGCGCUCAGGUGACCAGUUUCAUUAGGGAGGAGUCCAGGAAGAACAUGCAGGUCAUUGUCAUCUCUCUGAAAGAGGAGUUCUUCUCCAAGGCCGACGCUUUGCUUGGAGUCUACUCAGAUUUUGAUGACUGUAUGUUCAGCCACAUUCUGACCCUGGACCUGCGUCCCUACCCUUUGCCUGAAGAAGACAUUGGGGAAGAGAAUGACAAGGAGCCCAGAGCGGUCAGAAAACAGGGUGCAGGUGUCCUGGAAUUGCCUUCAUGAAGGACUUAAUUGCUUUUCUUUUUCAUUUUUUUCAGUCAGUUUUUCUUAACAUGGUCAGCUGUUUGAGUCAAUCUAUAGGCAAACGAAUUAUCUUAAACACCACACAAUGACCUCUGUGUUCCGUUUUAGGUUGUUUUACUAAAAAAUUGACUUCAGUAAAUAGAUUUUUGUAAUUCAUUGAAACAGUUUUCUGAGGUCACAGUUUGAACCUCCAGCUAUCUGGUGCCUGACUGGACUAGUGGGCCAGUUUCAGAGCUUGCUCUGUUUGUAUUUAGGGAUCUCGGUUCAUGUUUUUAGAAUGGUGUUGUUGUUGUCUAACGUCCGGGAUGUUUCAUGUUAUUCUACAGUUUGAAAUAUUGGUAUAUUACUCCUUUGUUUUUAUACUUGUUAAUUGUAAUUGAAAGGUUUUGUGUUCGAUUUAGGACUUUUGCUAGAGCUUAAAUAAAUCUUAAAUCUAGA